AUGGGAAAGAUUAUCUUCUACGAGGACAGGAACUUCGCAGGCCGUCACUAUGAGUGCAUGAGUGACUGUGCUGACCUGCACUCCAUGUUUGACCGCUGCCGGUCCAUCCGAGUGGAGAGUGGCAUGUUCAUGGUCUAUGACCGUCCUGGUUACAUGGGAAACCAGUACUUCAUGAAGAGGGGAGAGUACUCUGACUACAUGGGCAUGACAGGCUUCAAUGACUGUGUCAGGUCCUGCCGCAUGAUCCCCAUGCACAGUGGCAACUUCAGGAUGAGGCUGUACCAGCAUUUUGACAUGCAAGGUAAUAUGAUGGAGCUGGUGGACGACUGCCCAAACCUCAUGGACCGUUUCCACAUGUCCAACUUUAACUCCUGCCACGUGGAUGGCCACUGGCUGAUGUACGAGCAGCCAAACUACAGGGGACGUCACUACUACCUGAGACCCGGCCAGUACAGGAGCUUCAACGAGUGGAGCAGCAUUAACUCCAAGAUCGGCUCCAUCAGGCGUAUCAGGGAUCUCUAA